AUGGGACUGCUGUCAAUAAUCCGCAAGACAAAGCGAAAGGAGCGCGAGAUGCGUAUCCUUAUGCUGGGCCUGGACAACGCCGGGAAAACGACGUGCAUCAAGAAAUUUUGUGGAAAGGACACAAGCUCUAUUAGCCCUACACUUGGGUUCCAGAUUACCGCCUUCUCCCUGCAUGGCUGUACGCUAAACAUAUGGGAUGUUGGGGGUCAGCAGUCGUUGCGGAGUUACUGGAGAAAUUAUUUUGAGAGCACCGAUGGCUUGAUCUGGGUGGUGGACAGCAACGACGUGGCACGACUGGAGGACUGCAGGAAGGAGCUUCAUGCCCUCCUUCAAGAGGAGCGGUUGGCGGGGGCAAGCCUGCUGGUGUUUUUGAACAAGCAGGACUUACCUGCAUCACUCACUCCAGAAGAAAUAGCGCGACAGUUAGACAUUGACACCAUUAAAAAAGGGAGGCGACACGUGCAUUUGUGCACAUGCAGUGCAAAGACGGGCGACGGGCUACUGGAAGGAAUGGAAUGGAUUGUGCAAGACGUCUCUAACAGGAUGUACUUUGCGAGCUGA